UCCUCCCACUCGAGGCUGGCUGCUCUGUGGGGGCUUCUGGGAGCAACUCAUGGUUCCCCUGCUGCUGCUUCUGGGACUGCUCCUCCCUCUGCAGGGGAUGGGCGCUUGGGCACAAGCCUGCGGCUAUCGCCCAGAGUUUGAUGGGCCCCACACCUCCCCUGGGGCUGGCGCCCGCAUCGUGGGGGGCGCAGCAGCGCAGCCUGGAAAGUGGCCAUGGGUGGUCAGUGUCCAGACCAGCACCUACCACUUCUGUGGGGGGUCCAUUGUGCAUCCUUGGUGGGUGCUCUCUGCUGCCCACUGCUUCACAGACAAGAGGGGCCCCAGCAUCAAGGUGGCAGCCGGGAGCAACUUCCUGGGCAGGAACAACGUGACCCGCUGGGUGCAGAGGGUCCUGAUGCACCCCCAGUACAGCCCCAAGACCUACGACAACGACCUGGCCCUGCUGCUCCUGCAAGAGCCCAUCCCCUACAGCUGGUACCACAGCCCGCUCUGCCUGCCGGACAACAGCCUCGUCCCCGAUGACGUCAUGUGGCAGGACUGCUUUGUGGCCGGCUGGGGCAUCAUGAAGGCCGGCACCAACCGGGGCUCCUUCGCCUUGCUGGAGGUGCAGGUGGGCAUCGUGGAGUGGAUGCUGUGCUGGAAGUGGCUGCGCGCCGUGACCAGGAACAUGGUCUGCGCCGGCUACGAGGAGGGCGGCCGCGACGCCUGCCAGGGAGACAGCGGGGGACCCCUCAUGUGCCGCCCGCCCGGCAGUGGCAGCCACCUCCGCUGGUUCCAGGUGGGGGUGGUGAGUUGGGGGCGUGGCUGCGCAGCCCCCCGGAGCCCCGGCAUCUACACGCGGGUUGCCAACUACCACUCCUGGCUGGAGGCGACCUCGGCCCAAGCCGGCCAGCCCUUCCGGGUGCCCCAGAUCCCGGCCAAACACUCCUCCCUGCACGGGGGCCACCAGCUGCUGGACUUGGACACGUGGAUGGAGAGCAGUGGCGAGAGCAGCCGGCCAGGCCCUGGCGGGGCCCCCAUCCUGUCCUGGGCGCUGGGCAGCAUCAGUCUGGGGCUGGGCCGGCUCCUGCGCUGAUGGAGAGGAGGCCACCUGUGAUUCUGCAAGGCCAGCGUGAUGGCCAGGAGCUGCUCAAAAGACUCUGGAGGGGGAAGCGUGCGGGCCUGGCUGGCCUUGGCGGGGUUCCGCGCCGAGCAACGAAUAAUAAAUAUUCUUGGCUAA